UUAUAUAUAUAUACCCAAAUUACUCAGAGGCCUUCGUCUUCCUCCGUUCAUCUCACAGAAACACUUUAUCUCAGGCUUUCAUGCUUUUACAGACAAACCCUAACUAUCGAUAACCACACACAUUCUACUUCAAGUGCGAAACAGUGAGCUCUUUCGAAUAUGGAUGGGAAUAGCGACCCCUUCGCCUCAAUCACCGAGCUCUGUCACGUGUCGGCCUCCCAAGAAGACCGCUUACGUCACUGCCCUUUUGCCCGCGAAUCCGAAGACGACGACGAGGACCGCGUGGAGUCCACCGGGAUCCUCAUGGUGUCUUUGCCGGAGAGUAGCAGCGCCCACGACGUGUUCCAGACACCACCGGAGGGAUCCGUACUCCAGAGCUCAGAGGAGCAGUGGUCGAUGGCCUUCGAUCAUCCUUAUGACCGGGCGGUCGAUGGCCCACGUGAUGCCGUGGAUUUGGGGAAGGACUCCGAUCUAGGGUUUUCGGAGGUGGAACUGGCGCAGAGAGUCAACGACGAUUCAGUCUCCGAGUGCCGAAUGAGGACGGAAUUGUCGUUGGAGGAGAGCUUAGCCGACUCACUGUCGAAGAAAUCCAAUCUUUCAGAACAGCAAAUGGCUUCGGAGGCUCCAGAAGCGUGUGUAGUAGCUCUAACUGACUCCAAUACAGAGAAUUUUGUUGUGAAAUUGGACUCCGAGAGUCGUAAAAACUUUGAAAUUAGUGAAGAAACGGCAGUGGAAGCAACUAGGGACGAUGUCGAAGUCUAUUCUUCCGCGAAGAGGAAGCUGGAUUAUUUUCAAUCGGAAUCCAAAGAAAGCGGCGAGGACGAUUUGGAAGGUGAGCAGCCGGUGGGGAAGGGAGCAGAGAGAGUGCCGAUUAGCAUAUUGAAUGUGUUGAAAAUUCUCAAGGAAGGGUGUGAUGAUGAGGAUGAGAGCCUCAAGAAUGUUAGCAUUCUGGAGAUUUGUAAGCAGCGGGGAGUGACUUUUCCGCGGCCGAGGUGGUGGCCGGACGGCGGGUUUGAAGCAGUUGACGAUAGAGAUGAUGGUGGCGGACCGGCGGUGGUUUGAAGCUGGAGAAUGGAGAGAGAGAGUUUUGAGGCCAUUUGAGUCUUUCCUGCAGGUUGUUAUUUUGAGAGCCAUUGAUGGGGUAGGUAGCUAAUGUGGACCUUCUUUUGGCUUGUAAUUUGGAAAGCUUCUUCAUGGAUUAGCUCUUCUGCAAUUAGUUGCAGCCUCUCUACCAGAGACAGGCAAUUGGAGUGGGGGAAUUAAGGCAAUAAUCAGAACAGGAUCUUUUGGUGAUAACUGGGGAGUUUCCCAGGAAGUUUCAUAUGAUGGACAUACUUAUAAUUAUACUCAUGAACCUCUCUGGCCAUGGCGGUAAGAUACCAGCUCAACCAAUACAAAUUGUCACAAUAUUCCAAUAAUGUAAAGGUGAUGUGAUUGGUUUGAGACCCACAUCAGAUUUCAUCUCAUUACAUGAAUAUAUGACUCCCAUGAGAGAUUAGCAUGGCCGAGCUUUAGUAA